GAUACCAAACAGGAAAUCUUACUGCAGUGUCCGCUGAAGAGAAGACGAUGGAGCAUGAUCGCCAUGAUGGCAGCGCAGAGAUCGAAUUGAGAUCGUGCAUGUGAGACGUGUGACCUCCCUUCUCCUCGUCGCCUCCCUUUUACAGCUCACAAAGGCAGCGCGCGACAAGUAGUAAGAUAUUGGAUCUCGUGCUCGGAAAGGUGGCGUAGGUGACCGGGCGCGCCAAGCCAAAGUGGAGGCCAUGGCGCUAGCGCUAGCGCAAACAAGCCGCGCGAAUCUUGGCCUUGGCCUCAAUCAUGGCGCUGUAGUGGCCUCGCCUUCUUGGAAGCUUUACCACAACCCACACUACUUCUCGCCUCGCGGCGACUCUCGCAGAUCCCCUUCUCGCCCAAAGGACCGCAAACCUAUGAUCGUGGCGAAUUUCGACGAAGACGACGGCGGCGGCAUGGAGCAGCAGCUGGGGUACGGCGACGGGGGCGUGACGUCGGUGUCGGAGCUCCUGGCGCGAGUCGAGGAGCUCGCGGCGGAGCUCGAGUUCGAGAGGCGCAUGCGGCGGAAGGUUGAGGCGCUGAACGACGCGCUCGCCGCCGAGCUCGCCGAGGAGCGGCGCCGGGUCGAGGCGGAGCGCGCGAGGAUGCGGGAUGAGCUCGACGAGGAGCGGCGGAUGCUGCGCGUCGCGGAGCUGUGGCGGGAGGAGCGGGUACGGAUGAAGCUCGCCGACGCCCGGGCCGCCGUCGAGGAGAAGCUGCGUGAGGUCGCCGACGCCGGGGACCGUGCUGCCGAUGCCGCCGCCGCUGCCGAAGGCUGCAGCUGCAGGAGCGGCAGCCCGAUCGGCGGGAAGGCAAGCCCAGCGAGUGUUGGCCAGCAAAGCCCGGCGAGCAGUCAGCACGGGCAACAAAGCCCGCCGAGCGGUCAGCACUCCCAAUCGCGCCGGCGAGAAGUCACUGGCGGCGAGAACCCUCACAUCAGGAGGGGGAUCAAGGGGUCCGUGGAGUUCCCGAGGGCUGUCCGUGUGCGGCCGCGCGGGGAGGAGCGGGUGGAUCUGGUGUCCAACAUCGAGUGCCAACGGGCGCAGCUGCGCGUCCUCAUGCGGCACCGGAGUCCGGCCGCCGCUGGCAUGCCGGGUCUCGUCGGCGCGGCGCCAGACAACCUCGUCGUGUAACAAUCUUCUUUAUGGUGCCACGACCGACUGCGUUGGGUGCCGUCGCGCCGCCGCCCGACGUCAAGCCACCGUCCCGGUCAAGCGGUCGAAUGCGGCGGACGUGACGACGAAGACGACGUCUCGAAAAAAGAGGGCAACGGCGGGCGCCGGCGUUAGUAAGCGGUCGAAGAAGAAACAGACGCAUGGUUCAUGGAUGGAUGGAUGGCUUACAAUAAGGACGACGAAUCGUCUUCGUCCUCGGUUGAAGACUCGGAUGAAGAAGAGGUGGAAGAAGAUGAGACAUGAUUGUUCAUAUUUUAUUUUAUUUGUAUGUGAACUUUAUAUUUGUCAUGAUCUUUAUUGAAUAAUUUUAAAUUAUAUCAUGUAACUGAA